CCCAGAAUAGUAUUUAUUUAGUACGAAAAAGUGCCAACGAUAGACCAUGCUCUCUCCCUGGUUCUAUCCAUAAAACAACACUGAGUUCUAGACCAACUGCGCAAGCCUAGAGCAUCGUCGCAAAACAACACUACCAACUAUAAAAACAUACCUGACCCAUCCCAUUCAGAGGUCAAAACCCCUAUGCACGUCAAGCCAGUCGUAGUCGAGUCUGUCUGGAUCCCUAAGUUCAUGAACAUCAUCGGCAAUCAGGGACUACAGGGCCAAGACUGCGAGUCUUUCAUCCUCAAGGCCGAAUGCCCCGUAUGUCAAGUCGCCCUCGACAUCUCCUUCGUCGCCAAAGAGGCCAUUCUGAAGCACCUCCUAUCCAAAGAGCUUUCUAAUGACCCUAACGAGUUCUACCGAGAAUAUGGCCUCGCCAAGACUGUUGCCCUCAAGUGCGGCCAUAUUCUCUGCACCGAAUGCUGGGAUGCGCACUCCAAGGUAUGCUUGAACAAAGCUCUUGGUGCCACUUGUCCCCUGUGCCGAAAAUCCAUGGUCUGCGGAAACAGGAAAUGUGAAAUGUUCAUCAAACAAGCUGUUGUUGAGCCCAUCGAGUGGCCGUUGCACGAUGGGUCUUUCCAGCCUGUCCGAGGCUUUCUGAGGAACGUGCCUCUGACGGACUCCGAACUCGGAGGCAAAGCAGAAAACCGUUGCGAGAAGUGUCUGAUAGGCCAUGUCAAAAGGCUUACGAGGGAAGCUAUAGGCAGACAGUGCCCCCCUUGCUUUGCGAGGAUCGACGGCGUGAUCUAUCCCGACGAUCACGAACAGUACCGCAAAGAAUAUUUGGAAAUGCACUUGCGGGAGUCGUGGGAGAAAAUCGCCGAGAUGAUCUUCUCGCAACCCUUGCGGUUUAUCCGGGGCCAGAACCGCGCAGAAGAGCUGUCGCAAGCAUGCGCAGUUGCCAAAGCUGAGUUCCUCGCCGCUAUUUUCAACCACAAAUUGAAGCUUAUCAAGGACUUUAUAUGGUCGUUCUGCGAACACAAGCAGAUCUCCCGCUCAGCACCUGGCAAUCCGCUCCCACCUCCGGCCCCAGUGCUCCUGUUUCAAAUCAUAGUGCACCACGUUGAAGAGUUCUUUUGGGAGAUUCUCGACAAGAUGCGUCCCCAUUGGUUCAGCCGCGACCUGUCGCAUUUUGGAGGGACGAACCGAGGUGUUCUUGUUCCCUUUGUCGACGGUGUUGGGGACGCAGACUCGCAUUACGGGCCGAUUGGUUCUCGCAUGACGCUCGAGGAGCUGCUUGACCGGCCCGACUUGGACGAGGAUACGCGACGUGAGUCGGUGGGGUUGAGUUUCUUGCCUGAUGGGUUUCUUGUUUGGGAUAGGGGGGUAAUGCAGGAGGACGAUGAGGAAGAUGGUGGAGUGGGAGAUUUGGGUAGGUCAAUGUAUCAUGGAGGGGAUGAAGGUGAAGAAAGCGACGAUGAUGUGAUGGACUGA